AUGCUGGGCUGCGAAGGUGGCAAGAAGUCCCUGAAGCAGCCCAAGCAGCAGGCCAAGUUGAUGGACGAGGAAGGCGAAGCAUUUGAGCAGAAGCAGACGGAAGAGCAGAAGAAAUCUGAACUAAAAGCCGAGGCCACGGGGAAGGGCCCCCAGGCCACAGGUGGAAUUAAGAAAUCUGCCAAAGAGCGAGCUGUUCCUCGUGCCUGGGGCAAGGGUGAUCCUUAA